AUGUUGGGAGCUCUCAGAAGGUGCUCCACGGUGUUGCCGCGCAGUGUCGCUCAGUUGUCGAGCGCAACCAGAAGCUCCGCUGUUGCAAAAAUCUCAAGGCCUUACAACCCAGCACUUAUCACUAGGAGUCUGCACCAGACCAGCCGAUGGAGACAACAAAAUGCCGCCGUCGCUCAAGAGGAGGGUCUUGGUUUCCAGUCCGAGCAGAAUGACAACGGUCCCAUCACAACUUUCGCCGAGCUGGGCAAGAGACAGCUGGUCAGCAGAGGAGUUGUUCAGACUUUGAUCAAGGACAUGGGUCUUGAGAAUAUGACCGAGGUGCAGACCGCUACAAUCAACCAGGCUCUCAAUGGCAACGACAUCCUCGCUCAGGCCAAGACCGGUACUGGCAAGACCCUGGGCUUCCUGAUUCCCGUUCUGCAGAACAUCCUCAAGCAAGAUUCUUCCCUUGGUGAGCGCAGCAGAGGCUACGCCGCUCGUAGAGGCAACAGAACUACCGCCGACGACAUCCGCGCCAUCAUUGUCUCGCCCACCCGUGAGCUGGCCGAACAGAUUGCCAUGGAGGCAAAGCGUCUUGUCGCAAACACCUCGGUUAUUGUACAGACGGCAGUAGGAGGAACACAAAAGUCCGCUGGUCUGCGCGCCAUUCAGCGCCAGGGUUGUCACAUCUUGGUCGGUACUCCUGGUAGACUGAAGGACAUCUUCAGCGACAAGUACUCUGGUGUCCAGGCUCCCGGUCUUGACGCUCUUCCCGAGGAGAAGUCUCGUCAAACUCUCAUGUUCAGUGCUACUGUGCCCCAAGAGGUGCAGAGACUGGUCAGACAAACUCUCAAACCUGGUUUCGACUUCGUUAAGACUGUGCGCGAUGAUGAAGAGCCCACCCAUGCUCGCGUCCCUCAGCACCUCGUCACCGUCAACGGCCUGGAAAAUACUGUCCCUGCUAUUGUAGAGUUGUGCAAGAACGCUAUCGCAGAUGCUUCUCAGCCCGACGCUCGCCCUUUCAAGGCCAUUGUCUACUUCAAUUCUACUGCUGAAGUCACCCUGGCUUCCGCCGCUCUCACCGAGCUCCCGGUUGACGAGGACUCGAUUGCUCCUCCUCAGCAAAACACUCGCAGUCGUUACCGCGAGGUUCCCACUGCUCUUUCCCCUGCUCGUGUUUACGAGAUUCACUCGCGUUUGAGUCAGGCUCAGCGUACUCGUGCUUCCGACAACUUCCGCAAGUGCACUUCUGGCAUUCUGGUAUCCUCCGAUGUGACUGCUCGUGGUAUGGACUUCCCCAACGUCACCCACGUCAUCCAGGUUGGUAUGCCUCGCGAUCGCGAGACCUACAUUCACCGUAUUGGUCGUACUGCUCGUGCCGGCAAGGAAGGUCAGGGUUGGUUGAUCUCACCUAUGAUUGAGGCUCAGGAUGACACUUCUCUGGCCACUGCAUCCAUCGACAUGACUCGUGAGGCAGAUGUGCCCAAAUCAGCAGCUACUAUCCUGGCCCAGGUUGCUGAGGCAUACAAGCGUGUUCCUAUGCAGUUGAAGGGUGAUGCCUACAGAGGCUACAUCGGUACCUACGGCUUCAUCCGCAAGAAGGCUCUUGUCAAGGCUAUCAACAACCUCUCUCGCUACGCCUGGGGAAUGUCUACUCCUCCGGAAAUUUCCUCCGCUCUCGCCAGACGUGUUGGCCUCACAUCGAUACCCGGCCUGAACAUCGAUGGCAGAAUCAUUGAGGGUAACCUUGACGACAUUGAUGACAGGCCCAUUCGCAGUCAAGACACCCGCUUUGGCUACGGCAGCGGUCGCAAGAGUUCCUGGUCGAACGACGGUGGCCGUGGAGGCUCCGGUCGCGGCAGCUUCGGUGGCGACCGCAGAGGUGGCUUCGGUGGCGACCGUGGUGGCGAUCGCAGAGGUGGCUACGGGGGUGACCGCGGCGGCUUCUCCAGAGGUGGUGAUCGUGGCGGCUUUGGUGGUGAGCGCAGAGGUGGUUUCAGCAGAGGCGGCGACAGAGGCUUCGGUGGUGACAGAAAGUUCGAUGGAGAGAGCAGAAGUGGAAGGUGGUGA